UGUUGUUGUUUCUCAUCGAAUAUUUUUUUUUGUGACAAUUUGUGAUUUAAUCAAAGUUUUCUACAUUAUUUUACUUCAUAAGUAAUUAUAUCUUUAGUGUAAAAACUCUGAAUAAUGGCGGAUCCAUCGGAGCACCUACUGGCUCUCAAAGUUAUGCGCCUAACACGGCCAACAUUGAUAAGCCCGCAGAUUAUUACGGCGGAAGCCAAAGACCUACCGCAGAACACGUUCGAGCACAUCCUCAAAUCGUCCGCGACCACCGUGCAGGACAGCGAAACCUUAGCCGCCGGACAAUUUAUGCAGCUACCGCAGAGCUUCGGUAACAUCUAUCUGGGCGAAACGUUCUCCAGCUACGUGUGCGUCCACAACUGUCGAACCCAUCCGGUGAACAACGUUUCCGUUAAGGCCGAUCUGCAGUCCAACAAUACCCGGAUAAAUCUGCCGAUCCAUGCGGACAAGCAGGGUCCGGUCGUACUACAUCCGGACGAAACGCUGGACGAUGUAAUUCAUCAUGAAGUCAAGGAGAUUGGAACCCACAUAUUGGUCUGUGAAGUGUCCUAUAUGACCCCAGCUGGGCUGGAGUCAUCAUUUCGCAAGUUUUUCAAAUUCCAAGUGGUCAAGCCGCUGGACGUGAAGACCAAGUUCUACAAUGCGGAAACCGACGAGGUUUACCUGGAAGCCCAGAUCCAGAACAUCACGGUGGGGCCCAUCUGCCUGGAGAAAGUGGAACUGGAAAGCUCCGAACAGUACACGGUGGUCUCGUUGAACAACCUUCCCUCCGGGGAAUCGGUAUUUUCCCAAAGAACCAUGCUGCAACCGAUGAACAGUUGCCAGUUUUUGUACUGCAUCAAACCGCUGCCGGCCAUUUUGAACGAUCCGAUGGCACUGAAGGCGGCCAACAACAUCGGAAAGCUGGACAUUGUAUGGCGGUCCAAUUUGGGAGAACGGGGCCGACUGCAGACCAGUCAGCUGCAGAGGAGCCCAAUCGAGUACGGAGAUCUCCGGCUGACGGUCAUCGAAGCCAACAGCACCGUAAAGAUAGGUGAAGGAUUUGACUUCAAGUGCCGCGUGACGAACACCAGCGAACGGUCCAUGGAUCUGGUGAUGAAUUUGAACACCAAUGCUAAAGUUGGGUGCGGUUACACGGGACAGACCGAGAUAAGCCUUGGACCACUGGAACCCGGCAAGUACAAGGAGUUCAACUUGACGGUUUGUCCGGUGCGGUUGGGGCUGAUUACCAUUACGAAUCUGCAGCUGACGGAUGUGUUUAUGAAACGGAAGUACGAGUUCGAUGAUUUUGUACAGGUGUUUGUGGUGGACGAAGACUACAAAGAGGACGAUUUUCAACUGGACAAAUACGUUCGGUAUAGCAUUCCACAGUCUGUUUAGGGCGUUCUUUCGCAAAGUAGUAAUUUUAUCUAUAUAAAUUAGAUAACGUUGAAAGAAAGAAAGCAUCCAGUGUUUAGUUUGCAUAGAAAUAGUUAACGAAAUCGAAAGUUGGAAAUAUGUAUAAUGGAUAGGGUGUUUAACAGGUUCUCUUUGAAACUUUUAUUUUUUUAGUUGACACCGUUAGCAGAUUAAAAACUGGAUGCUAUCACUUUCCCUAUGUAUUUUUUUUUUUUAUCAUUUUAUAUUUAUUCGAGUGUUGAGAAGAUUACUGUAGCCAACAAAGCAUAAUCCACAUUAUAGAAAAAGCAAAAAUUCCAUUCCAAA